UCUGUGGUGAACUCCCAGUGAACUCAGGUGGGAGAGGGAAAGAGAUGAGGAGGGAUCGAGUUUUGACCAGACACCUCAAUGUUGACUAGGUGAAUGAGCUGUAUAAUUCAGAUUUACCGCGCGAUAAACAGUAGAGUACCCGCGCGGUAAACAGUAGAGUACCGAAUAGAGUAGACCAACAAUUUGCUGUUGACAUGAAAUGAGUUGAAUAGCGUCUUAUUGACCCAAGUGAAAAGUCAAACAACAUAGUCUGUUGAAAUGGAGCUUCCGUAUCCUAUUCAUAAUUCACUCAGUAUAUUAUACCUCUUGCUUCCGCCCUGCUUGCGGUCUUUGCUGUACGAGCUUCGCUAAUGAAAUACAGUGCAGCCGCACAGCGCGCAUGUGCUAUACAGCCUACGUUCCAGUAGUCACGUAGCACUUGCCACUUGUGUCCAAUGGGACCAUCAAUCGCUCUGCUUGCCAGCGAACCGCAGUGUUGUUGAUACACAUGGCUAAUGCAGGCUCUUCCUAUUCGCCAGCGACAGCAACCGGUGGUUUUAACAGACACCAAUCUAGUGUAUCCGGCUCUCCAGUGGGACAUCCCGUACCUGCAGGAGAACAUUGGAAAUGGGGACUUCUCUGUGUACAUCGCGGAAAACCACAAAUUCCUCUACUAUGACGAGAAGAAAAUGGCCAACUUUGAGAACUUUGUACCCAAGUCUCGACGGAUAGACAUGAAAUUCUCUGAUUUUGUGGAGAAAAUGCAUAAAACACAGGAAGAGGGAGGAGAUGAGAGGGUGUACCUGCAGCAGACACUGAAUGACACAGUGGGCAGGAAGAUCGUGGUGGACUUCCUGGGUUUCAACUGGAACUGGAUCACCAAGCAGCAGAGCAAGAGAAACUGGGGCCAGCUCACCUCCAACCUGCUGCUCAUAGGCAUGGAGGGCAACGUGACGCCAGCCCAUUACGACGAGCAGCAGAACUUCUUUGCACAAAUCAAAGGUUACAAGAGGUGCAUCCUGUUCCCUCCCGACCAGUUUGAGUGUCUCUAUCCCUUCCCUGUUCACCACCCCUGUGACAGACAGAGCCAGGUUGACUUUGAGAACCCUGACUAUGAGAGGUUUCCCAACUUCAAGAAUGUGUCGGGCUAUGAGACUGUGGUGGGCCCGGGAGAUGUUCUCUACAUCCCCAUGUACUGGUGGCACCACAUUGAGUCCCUGUUGAGUGGUGGAGUGACCAUCACUGUCAACUUCUGGUACAAGGGUGCGCCCACGCCCAAGCGGAUCGAGUACCCACUGAGAGCUCAUCAGAAGGUGGCCAUCAUGAGAAACAUAGAGAAGAUGCUGGGGGAGGCACUGGGAGACCCACAAGAGGUUGGCCCUUUAUUGAACAUGAUGAUUAAAGGCCGAUAUGACCAGGGAUUCAGCUAGAGCUACUGCCUCAGAACUGUCUGUGUGUGUGUUUGUGUGUGAGUGAGUGUGCCCAGGCCUGAUUGUGUGUUUGUAGGUGAGCAUGUGUGUGCAGACACGUUUGUGCAUUCGGACUGUUAAGCUAGCAGUGACUUGGCCAAUCAGCCAUUUUGACUGUUUUGAUUGUCUGGGAGCCAUAAUCAUCACAACUUCAGCUACUAGUGGGAAGACAAUAGUGGACAACGGACCAGCCAUGGAGACCCACAUGCAGUGUGCUGUCAGAGAGGGAUGAACUGUGUAAACUACACAAUGUAGAGUUGUGGUAUUUUAGAGGGAGUGGAGUGAUAGGCAACCGCUGUAGAUGUCAAAGAAUAAACCCCCAAACACCCUCAAAGUGGAAGUUGCCCAUAAUUAACCAUUGAUGCAGGGUCAGAUGUUGGACAUUUUAUCAUCACACCCAAUAGGAUUGGGAAAAUCGGAUCCUAGAUCUGUAGUUGGGAGCAAUUUCUACCUUGAACACUAAACAGGUGUGUGUGUUGGGUGGUUGUUAGUCAUAACCAACAAGAUUCUCCCUUCGUCUAUUUAACCGUUCCCCUGUCAUUACAGUUAGCAACACACCUGCAGCUUGAAUAUUAAAUAGGGAAUAGCUGUGUAGUAACUAAAGUAGGCCUACUUAUUUUGUGACAAACUUCUCAAUGAAUUUGCGACACAUGCACCCCGAAAGAGACGAGUCAUAUUCUUGUUCUGUUGACUAGGUCAGUAAGCUGAUUUUUGUUUCUGUAUAAUUGCUGAACGUUUGUGUGUUAUAGCCGACAUACUUUUUCUUUGAUGGUGUGUUUUUGUCUACAUUCAGGCAUAACUGAUUCUCUGUUGGUGUGUUAUUUUGUUGUUGUAAAUCUGUUAUGAUACAUGGUACAAUUAAGUUAAUGAGGAUGGGCUUAAAAGUAUUUAAACUCAUUUCAAUUGCAGCUGGACAGUAAAAUAAGAAUCUAUUACAUGUUUCCAGUGGAAUGAUUGAAGACAUCUCACCAGUUUUCCUACUCAAAUGCAUCCUAAAACAAGUUUCCCAAACUCAGUCCUGGGGCCCCCCUGGGUACAGGUUUUGGUUUUUGCCCUAGCUCUACACAGCUGAUUCAAAUAAUCAAAGCUUGAUGAAGAGUUGGUUAUUUGAAUCAGCUGUGUUGUGCUAGGACAGGACACAAAACGAAACGUUCACCCAGGACUGAGUUUGGGAAAUGCUGUCCUAAAAAACAGUCAUGUUUAGCUCCGGUAACAGUCACACAAUACGCUAACCCUAUAUUCAUUUAAAUUCAAUAUCAUUUCAAAUAUAUUCUACUUGUAGUUAUUACAACAGUAUUUCUUAGUACUUGUAUCAAGAAUGUACCUAGUGGAUGGUUUUCAUGCGUGUGUGCCUCUCUAAUCUUACUCUCCCCCUACUGUUGCUGUUUUUUCUCAAUUAUUUUCGGAAGGAUGUCAAAGUGUGUGUAGAGUUCAGUUGAAUUCCGGUUCUUAUUGUGCCAUUGUCAAGUGUUUCUAGUGAAGACUUCACUUCAACAGGUGCAGUUUAGAGCACAGGACUUAUUUAAAGCACAUAUUGGCCGUCCUAGUGCUGUGUGCCAAACCAGGUGUGUCCUUACAGGGUUGUGGCUCAUUUCAAUUUGGUCAAUUCAGGAAGACAACAACUGUAAUUUCAAUUUUCCUCUAUGAUUUUCUGUGAGGAAAAUGUGGAGUAGGAAUUUUAGUUUACUUUCUUAAUGUAAACGAUGUUCAGAAAGUUGUAUGUACGGAGGCCCUGGUGUGACAUUGGUUUGACUUCAUUUUAAGCUGCAUCAUAUUAAUUUGUUAUUAAAACUAAUAGCCUAGUUAAACCAGACUGACCACGGCUGUGUGAAUGGUGAACACAGCAUUCCGUCUGAUUUAACUACUAGGCUAAUAUACUAAUGCUGCAUGUUCAAUGCCUACACCUUCAGUGACUGACAAAAUAUUUCUAGGGGAGUUUCUAUGUUCUAGCCAUGUGUAUUAUAAUUAUUAGCAUUUUUCCAACAGCAUGUAUUGUACUCCUCUGGCUUUCCAAAAACAAAUAUGGAAUCCAUCAACCGGAAUGUUCAUAUCUUAUUGUUUAUAUUUAGGCUAAUAUUCUAAGAAUGUUAAAGUCCAUCAAGUGGAAUGUUCGUAAUGUUUAUAUUUAGGCUAAUAUUCUAAGAAUGUUAAUGUCAAGGGAGUGUAUGCUUGAUUGUUGAUAGUAUAUCAAUAUGGUUGAUGAAUAGACUAGUUCUUCAAUGAAUUAUUAUUUGAUAGUUAAGUCUGAGGUUAAAUUGCUCUCUUCUGUGUAUUUGUUUCUCCUACCUGUGUGCCUAGCUUGGUUAUGACAUGGCUCAAGAAACAGCCAGAACAAUGAUAUUUUUAUUUAAUUUUUGCAUUAUGUAGCUUUAAAUGCAAAACCUGAACAUGGUUAAAUAAACUCUUUGCUGUGUUUUUUUAAUCUUACAAAUACAAAACUUUUUUCUGGGUUCCUGCACUUGUAUGAUUUGAGUUUGUCUGCUCUAUGUAAUUUGCACUGAUUUCAAAAUGACUGCUGAACAAGGAGUUCUAUUGUUGUGCUAGUGGCUUUGUAAUAAAAUCUUAAACUUUUUGAUCAA